AGAAAGUCCCCUAAAGUUCCAAAGGUCCCAAGGCCAAACAGAGCCAUGAUGGUUUUUGAUAGUGUCAAGAAAGGGAUUGGGUGAGUAAUGGUAACUGUGUCUUUGUUGUGAAUGUCAUUGAAUGGUCAGUCGGUUAAUCCAUGAACUGUGGUCGGCCGAAAAAAUUGGCCGAUAAAAAACAUGGUCUGAUAGCAACUUGAAUCCAAUAUUUAACCAGAAUUCUAGCCACAUCCUUUUAUUAAUAAUUAAAUCAUCUUCCGGUUCAAGCUGUUUCGUGAUAACUUGAAAAUAAAGACUUUUUAAUUGGAGUUUUAUAGCGCUGUUUUGUUUUAAAGCUAAAAUGGUUGAAGCCAUGGCUGGGGUCAUUCAGUGCAAGAACUAAUAGAAAUAUGUUUGAAAGCUAUGGCUGGGUCUUCAGUGCAAGAACUAAUAGAAAUAUGUUUGAAAGCUUUUUAGGAGAGGUUUUAAGUGAUACUGGUGUUGAUUUUAACAUUCCCCAUGACGAUAUCAGUUGAGAUUAUUCUUUUCGUGAAUUUUUUACAAGUCUUAGUGAUACUGAAGUAGGCCUACUGAGGCUCCUGUUAGAUUUCGAGGCCAGGCCGAAGGUUGGGCUAGGACUGACUGAAUUUUAGUCACAGAAGCUACAGAUUAUAGAUCAGAACUAAUAAAUUUUAUAGUUAAACAACCCAAAUCAGUUCCACAGUUCCUUUUUAAAUGUUUACUUGUCAAUAAUAACUAUUUUGCCUGAGAUUUUGUAUUUUAUACUUGGUUUUAGUAGUGGUCCCAGUUUCUUAUAUAACUGACCUAAAAUUACUAAAAUUGCUUUCAGAGGUUUAAUUGCAAUCAAAACCUCAGCAAACUAUACAUUUUCUUAAAGAUAAAUGAAUUGGCUACAACAUUUAGAUUUAUGGUUUAAGUGUAUCUAUAAAAAUUAUUUUAUUAGCACUUAAAAGCAAGACAUUUUGUCUAAUUUUUUCUUGAGAACUCCAAGGUCAAGGACACCAAGCAAAAUUUUUUUACGGGGUGGACAAUAUUGCCAACUUUAUUCCCCAUCCAUCUACCUUUCUAAAAAUAUAUACAAUAUAUAUCAAUAUUUCUAUGUCAUUUAAUGCCAUUGCAAAAGUCACUCAAAAAGCUCUGAAAAGCUGCACACCACAGAAUGAUGCAUGCCACAGUUCAAGGGUUAAUUUAGGCUCUUUAGUAUCUGAUGUGUCAAAUCUAUAAAAAUACUACUUUAUGAUAGUGUUCUUGUUAUAAACUAUAUUGACCAGUGUUUCAUGAUAGUGAUCUAGCUAUAAAUUAUCUUGACCAGUGUUUCAUUAUUGUGUUUUUGUUAUAACUAUCUUGACCAGCGUUCCAUGAUUGAGUUCUUGUUUCAGAGAGUUCAUCCAAGCAACUCAUGAUGACAUUGCUCAGCUGAUGGCCAGUGAAAGUGGGACAUCAACUGCGCAG